ACACGUUUGCACAACUCGACCCGACUCGAAACAGCCGUCACAAGAGUAACUCUUCAGCUCUCUUUCGCGUUUGACUAGUGUUUCAAAAUGUCAAACAAAAGUAAAAUUACAAAGGAGUCUUUAAAGGACAAGAUUGAGGGAAGUGAACUGGAUCUAAGCCUCUCUGGUCUUACAAAAAUACCCGUGAAAGAGAUUGCUUCUAUUUCAAAGAUAAAAUGUGUUGACUUCUCAUGCAACCAGUUGGUCAGUUUACCAGAUAACCUCAGUGUUCAUCUUUCGCACCUAACCAAAUUGGACCUCAGCAAGAACCUCCUGGAGUCCCUCCCCCAAAACUUUGGGCUCAUGGCGGCCCUCCAGCGUCUUGAUCUCCUUGGGAACAAGCUGACCAAUCUACCUGUCAGCUUCGGCGACCUCCGGUCAUUGCGUUGGCUGGACGUCAAAGAGAACCCUCUGGAUCCAAGUCUGGCCAAGAUAGUAGGAGACUGCUUGGAUGAUAAACAGUGUAAAGCGUGUGCUCAGAAGGUAGUGGCACACAUGCAGUCAAUCCAAGCACACAUGGAAGCAGAGAGACAGAAGCAAGAAGCGAAAGAAAGAAUGAGAGAGAGCCACCGAGAAGCUGCAAGGAAGAAGAAAGAAGAGGAGGAAAAAGAAAGAAAGAGGAAAGAAAAACUAGAGGAGAAAGAAAGAAGAAGACAGGCGUAUGAAGCAACACAAGAAGCAGAAAGACUAAAAAGGCAGGAGGAAGAGGAGGAGAGAAACAACUCAGAAGAACAUUCCAAAGCAAAUGGUGAUGCAGGAGGUUAUGAGGAGAAGGAGAAAGCAGGUGGUUCGUCCUGUCUUCUGAUCUUCAUGUCUCUUCUUGUAUUAGUGGUAGCCGUGGCAGUGGGAUCAUACUACUUCUGUGAAAGCAACCGGUCAUUACCGGCCUGUGUAACUGCACAACAUUACCAGGAACAAGUGAGCAGAGAGGGGCAGCGUUUGUGGGGGGUUACUCAGCUAAGGUUGCAAUCAUUGCGAGAAGAAAUAGAAAAAAUGUUUUAAUUCUUGCACUUGUAAAAUAUCUUCUUGUCAAACUAUCAUGUUUCAUAAUUCAUCUGUACCAGCUGCACAGAAAUGUCUUGAGUGCUAACAAUUUGCUAACGGAGGCCCUGUGACAUCCUGUAAUUGUCACAGCAAUGCCUAUUGUCACAGCAACGCAUUAUUUACAUCUGGGGCCCGUCUUAUAAAGAGUUGCGAUUGAUCCGAUCAACCGCAACUAUGGAAAGCCAGCAAAGUCAACAUAUAUACAUUUCCUGAAUCCAUUGAUUUCAUGAUAAUUUGGUGUGUUCUCCUUUGUUUACAAAGAACAUUUUGCAAAUUUCCUGUAGAAAAAAUUAUGGCACUGAUGGAUUUCCAUAGAGUUACGGUUCAUUGGAUCAAUUAUAACUCUUUGUAAGACAGGGGCCAACAUUUGACAUCACAAUCUGAAAGAUGUGAUUGGGCCUACUGUUAGAGCUAAGAAUGUUUCUUUGCGACUGAUACUGGAGUGGAGGCACUCGCUGACCUCUGGGGGCUCUUUAUUUUUUGUCACAAAUUCCAAAUGCGAGAAGCUCUAUCUCACAAUUUCAUAUUACAUUUUCUUUUGAGUCUCGCGCAUUCAUUGAAAACUGUAUACUCGGUUUUCAAGAGAGAAAAAUUGUACCUGUAUGCCAGCCGAGUUUGUCAAAAGCAUGAUUUUGUGUUACUUGUUUUUUCAUGACAUAUUUUCAGCUUCAGUACAUGAAUGUGUGGUUAUUCCUGCUUUCAAAGUCAAUAAUUGAAUUCAACAUAUUUUUCAUAUGAAACCUAUGAUUGAUAGAAAGUGUCACUGUCCAACUUAUUCAGAAUUAAUAGCUCCAAAAACAAAGAAAUACAUGCAUUAGAAAAGUAGGAUAUUGUUUUGACUCCACACAAUUUUUGUAAUAAGUAAACAAACGUGAUAAGUUAUUUAUGUGUGAAGAAAAAUGUGAUGUUUAUUUUUUAAUUCAAAUGGCAAAGAAAUUGCAAUAUUUCGGGAAUAUUUAUUAUCCAAUCUUUGACGUUUUAUCAUAGUCAACUGGCAAGUAGCAUGCUGAUUUCUGUUUUGAUUUUUCAGUUCUUGGCCAUGAUACUUGGUACAUAAUUUCAAAAUACCUGAUGCUAUUCGAUAAGUCUGUUUCUCCAACUUACAUCUCAUUAAUAAGAGUACUAUUGCAUUGUUUUCUUUUUAUUUUGUAAGAGCUCUUUAAAUUCACCAGAUUCAGUAUGUAUUGUCCAUUUAAUUGCAAUAUUUGGAGUCAGUAUAUAUUCAUUGCAUCAUUUGUAUUUUAAGUGAACUAUUAUAGCAACAUGUGUCACAAGCUCUUUAUAUUGAAUAAGUAUUGUAAUCUUGAAUUAGUUUUUAUAGAAUGAAAGCCUUGGAACAAGUUAGCUUGCAUGAAAACAUGUGAAUCAAAGAAUAAUAUCAAUAAAAGAAAGUUUGGAAAAGCAGUAAGAAAGGAAUGAGCUUUUUAAUGUCAAGAUCACUACAUGUUAUUGAAUACGCUAUGGCAAUGUGACCAAGAUUUGUCAGGUGCUGUACCAGGGAGAGUAGAUCCAUUUGUUGAUUUUUGGAAAGAAACACACUAAAAAAAUACAGAUUCUACAAACAUGAGGUACAAAAAAUUCCAGAGAUGCUGGAUGUUAAAGAUCUUGCGAGGAUAACAGCACAAAGUAAGGCAUUGCCAAAGAGUCACAAGUUUUAAUUGGGUUUAAUUUCUUCACACUGGGGUCAAUUUUGGGCCAUAACACACCACAAUGUCGACAUUUCCAUAAUAUUUCACAAGCAUUCUGUUACAUCAAAAGAGAAGCGAGUAGAUCGAAUUCAUAUCAAUUUUGUUCUAAAAUGAUUUAUUUAAAUGAGAAUGAAAUCUUUGGAACAAGAUAGCUUGUGUGAAAACAGAAAAAUCAAAGAAACAGAUCAACAAAAGUUUCAGAAAAUCGGACAAAUAAUGGGAGAGCAUAUUGCGAUUAUUAAUGCUAUGAAGAUCCUCACGUUGGCAAUGCGACAAAGAUGUGUGAUGUCACUUGUGAACAACUCUCCCUAUUACUUUAGUAUAUAUUUCACUUAAA